GUAAAUUCGUGCAAAUCGUCAAUGAACCCCAGAAUAACGCUAUAGGUGUUAGAGCGCGCUUCUAUCUCUCAAAAUUUUCACCUCUGAACAAAUACUCAUCAAACUAGCGUAAAGUAGAGAAGACUCUGUUUACUUGAGUUGUCUGAAGUCGACGUCUAUCUGUUAAAAAGGUCUAUCUUCGUUCUCCUUUGUGGAUCGAUCAGACGUUUAAGAUAGCUUGUGUAUCAAAGUACCCGAAGUAACAGGCUGUAGAACGAAGAACAUGCCUUGUGCAAUAAAUUACAAUUGUUCCAAAGAAAGUGAAGGGACAUUACUGUUGCCAAUAUUGAACGAAAGUGAGUGGUCUAAAGCCGUGCGUAUAAUAUUUUACUUCGUGGCAUUAAUAUGGUCUUUUACUGGAGUGGCUAUAAUCGCAGAUGUCUUCAUGUGCGCUAUUGAGACGAUUACAAGCAAGGUAAAAAUAGUUAAAGUUGCUAAGCCAGGACCCGGCAGCCGUUCCGAGGAUGUUGAGGUUCGUGUCUGGAAUGACACAGUUGCCAAUCUAACGUUAAUGGCGCUCGGCUCGUCUGCACCGGAAAUACUCCUCUCGAUCAUCGAGAUUGUCGGUGCAAGUUUCAAAGCAGGGAAACUGGGCCCUAGCACGAUCGUGGGUUCAGCUGCUUUUAAUCUUCUUGUGAUAACAGGUGUAUGUGUUAUGGCAAUACCUAAUGGCCAGGUACGGACUAUCAAAUCCCUGAAAGUGUUCGGUUUGACUGCGGUGUGCUCCGUAUUUGCUUACAUAUGGCUCGUUAUUGUGCUUCGUGUACAUAGUGAAAACAUUAUCGAUCUCUGGGAAGCAAUUUUCACCUUUUUGCUUUUUCCCAUUCUUGUUAUCCUGGCGUAUAUGGCUGAUAAAGAGUUGGGCUGUAGCUCUUCAAGGGAUGUCGAGCCGUCUGAAGACAUUGGCAUGUUAGAGUUGGCCGAAGGUUCGCGUGUGCUACAGGUGUCUACGAAAGAUCCUGAAAUUAUACAAUUUAUCAAGGAUUUGAAUCAGAAUUCUGACUUUUCCGAAGAGGAAACCGCGAAACUUGUUGCCUUGCGGAUACAAGCCAGGACACCAAAGAAUUAUGGGUAUUAUCGUGUUGGUGCUAUAAGAGGAAUUGGUGGCGGUAAAAAACUCACUCCACCGAUGAAUACAGGCUUACAUGAAGCAUACGAUGAACUCAGCGAGGUUGGUUUCAUGUCGACGGCUUUAUCUCACCUUCGACCUCGUGAACCUCCGAAGUCGAUGGUCGAAUUCGCCUCUCCAAAAUACGCUGUCUUGGAAAGUGACAAGUUGGUUACUAUUACCGUUUUAAGAACAGGGAAUACAAAGAUAACAGCAGUUGUUGAUUUUGAAACAAUUGACGGCACAGCCAAUGCUGAGUCCGACUUUGUUGCAAAGAAAGAGACGCUUGUUUUUGAACCUGACGAAAUCAAGAAGGAAGUACCGAUUGAGAUAAUUGACGAUAACGAAUGGGAGGAAGAUGAGGUUUUCUUUGUGAAGCUUUCUAUUCACGAACCUGCUGAUGAAAACGUUGAGAUAGGACAUCAGAGUAUCACUGAGAUCACAAUAAUUAACGAUGAUGAACCUGGCGUAAUAGCUUUCCAAAAACCAAGCUACGUUGUAAAAGAAAGCAUCGGCAAAGGCAGUUUUCUCUUGGAGCGUACCAAAGGUACUGAUGGCCGAGUUACCGUUUCCUGGGUGACCAAAGACCAAUCAGCAAUCAACGGUAAAGAUUAUAUUGGCGGCAAGGGUACUGUUAUCUUUGAACAUGCCGAACAAGUAAAGACGAUUGACAUUGAGAUAAGCGACGAUAAAGAUUUCGAAAAAGAUGAGACGUUCAUUAUUGAAUUGAAGGAUCCUACUGGUGGUGCGAAACUUGGCCGACUACAGAGUACAAUUGUAACUAUUGUGAACGAUGACGAAUACAAGAAGGUGCUCGAUCGUGUAGUUGGCCUUACUCAUCUUAACCUCAAUCGCAUGGCACUCGGCUCGGAGACCUGGGGACAACAGUUUCGCACGGCCAUGACUGUAAAUGGUGGCGACAUCGAGAAUGCGUCAUCGAUGGAUUACUUCAUGCAUUUCGUCACAUUUCCAUGGAAAAUUAUCUUUGCCAUUUGUCCACCUUGUACAUGGUUUGGUGGAUGGCUGGCAUUCUUUAUUGCCUUGGCAAUGAUUGGUCUUCUCACAGCAAUAGUCGGUGACCUUGCUACUAUCUUUGGUUGUCUGGUUGGUCUCAAGAAGGAAGUGACGGCAAUUACGUUUGUCGCUAUGGGAACCAGUCUACCUGAUCUUUUUGCCAGUAAAACCGCGGCAAUUUCGGAACAUGCGGACGCAUCCGUGGGUAACGUCACGGGUAGUAAUAGUGUUAAUGUGUUUCUGGGUCUGGGUACCCCCUGGGUUAUUGCUGCUGCUUAUUGGCUCGCUAAGGGUGAAGAUUUUAAGGUAGAAGCCGGAGCACUGACUAUCAGUGUGAUUGUUUACGCCAUAUGUGCAACAGUAUGUUUACUUUUCCUCGUGUUGCGUCGUCGACUUGCGUUGUUCGGCAAUGCUGAAUUAGGUGGUGUAUCAAACAUGAAAUAUGUUACUGGUGCUUUCUUCAUCUCGUUGUGGUUCUUCUACAUCAUUAUAUCGUCACUUGUAUCCUAUGACGUCAUUGAGGCGAAAAUUUGAACCAAGGCAACGCAUGGGGAUAUUUUUAAUGGUAAAAAUUCUUUGUUCUACAAGUACGCAAAAAACGAUCUCUAAUUCGAACUCUAAUUCUACAUAGAACUUGGUUAUAGCUGACGCAUUGGAUUAGGGAUCAAUUUUGCAUGACGUACAACACUUUACACCAAAUUGCAACCUUUUUAAUUCUCUUACAUGGAGCCCUCGCAUUUCACUCUUAAUCCUGAUCCAAUCUACUCUUACGUGAGUCCUUAUAUUUCAUUCUUAAUCCUGAUCCAAUCCAAUGCGUUUGCCUCUCUGGUGGUUUGUUUCUUGAUUUGUUUGGGAAUUUCCUUAAAAUUUUGAAAUUGUUUAAUCGUUUAACAUUCAUCCGCUAUAAAUAUUUUUGUAAUUUAAUGAAAUCACUUGUAAAAAAUGUGUGGCAAUAAGAUUUGUGUAGGAAAAUACUUAUGUUGGAGAAGGAGGUUAGAUCUGACGUAAAAAUUUUGAAUUGAAUUCUUUGCACAAAUCUUUAAUAACAACAUAACAGUAGUAUAUAGAGCGUCGUUUCUGGCGCACCUCACACCUUGAGACCUAGUAAACCACGCUCUAUAUACUACUAUAACGAAGGGUUUUAGUACAUCUCUUCGCUAUGGUAAAGUGUAAUUUGACUAAUUUCUAUCAUUUUCUGUGAUUGUAUGAUGUACUUAUAUAUAAAAUCAAAGCAUAAAUCCAUCCGAAAUUCUACAUUGACUAUAAUCUGCUGAUAUUAGAAAAGGCAUAAACUAUGUAUACUGUAUUUCUUAAUGUGUAAUAAAUGGUAGAGAUGA